AUGUCUGGUCGACCAGGCGCUCCUAUUAACGGCAUGUCGUACGGCAUGGCUCCACCGAUGCACCCGCAUCACCUCAAUCAAGCACCUGACUCGAACUCUUCUCUUCCUCCUCCUGGUUACGCUCACCACCAGCAGCAGAUGAACCAAUAUGGCGCCUCGCACGUCGGUUCCCAGUUCGCCUACCCCAGUCAAGGCUUCUACGGCCAUCCCGCUCAGCACCAAUCGCACGAGAUUGCUUCACAGCAGCAGCAGCAGCAGCAACAACAACAACAACAACAACAGCAGCAGCAGCAACAGCAACAACAGCAUCCUGGCUACUACUCGCACCACACCUCUUCUCCUCAGAUGGACGCUAACAGUCAGCUUUACGCUGCCCACCAGAUGAAUCACCCGGAUGUCAUGUCCAGCAGCCAUUUCCAGAGUCAUCACCCAGACCUCUUGGCACACCAGCACGGCUACGCUGCUCUUCAGGGCGCCGGCCUGCGUCCCAAACGCAAGCAGGUCAAAAAUGCUUGUGUCAACUGCCAAAAGGCUUGCAAGAAGUGCGACGAAGGUCGUCCCUGCAGUCGUUGCGUCAAGUAUAAUCUCGUCGACACGUGUCAGGACAGUGCACGCAAGGAGAGACGUCGGGGCAUCAAGCGUGGUCCUUACAAGCGUAGGGCUACCACCGGAUCACAGCCUUCCAACCCAUCCCUGUCCGUCUCUGGUCCCAUGUCGUCGUACGGUCGCGACGGUUACAUCUCGCCCUCGAGUCGCAGCGACGGUAUGCUGAGCAGCACCCCUGGUGGAGAGUCAAGUUUUUCAAGUCCAGCUUUCGGAACUCAGGUGCUCGCUCCACGUACUCCGAUGUCUCUUCAGAUGCCCAACAAUACCUGGCCAUCCAGCGCGCCCAGCCCCAACAUGGACGAUCGUGAAGGUCUAAGGGCGAGGUACGGCCAGGCCAACGGCUCCACGCAGCCGUCCUACUACGGCUACGAGCAGGAAGCUGCGCACCACACGUAUGAUCGGAGCAGUUCGGUGCCAGUGAAUCAGCCCGGAUCGAUGCUCAGCCCCGUGGGUCGCUUCCCGAAUUCAGGCACGCCUCAAUCGUCUACCUCUCAGUUGCCCAGCUUGAACUCGCAGUCGUCCUCUCACGCUGGCUACCUCAGCAAUGUCUAUGGUAGCAACAAUGGUCGUACGGCUGGCAUGAACGCUUCGACAUCGUCGCUGGUCAGUCCACCGAUGCAUUCGUCCGCCUCCAACGGUAGCUUCUUGUCCGCCUCUUCCGCACCCAACGGUAUCGCGCAUCACCGCUUGCACUCGGACAGCAGCCUAGCUACGCUCAGUUCGGCAGGCGCUUCCUCCAGCACCAUGUCGCCUCGUACGCCUCUCAAUGGACCUGGCUCAGACGCUCCGCUGCUCUCCCCCUCAGCCAACAAGAUGUCGAGCUUUAAUCCACAGCAGCCUACCGUUCCCACCGCUUCCGGCACAUUUUUGCAACAGGACGCUUCCAGACCUUUCCCGCUCAAAAUGCCCAAGGCUCCCACUCGCGGUCGCUCCGGUACCGGCAGCUUGUACCUCGACCAACAGUCGGCAUACUAUGGCAGCAGUCUGGCUCCUGUCAACGUGAAGCUUAGCGUCCAGCAACAAGCGCAACAACAGCAACAGCAGCAACAGCAACAAUUCCAGCGAUCAAGUCCCUACAUGACAGUCCAAGGCUUAGCUGAUGACCGCAAACAGUUCCUCAACAGCCAGACGCCUAGGAUGGAUGUUUCCAAUACCGCGGCACUCAUGUCGCUCAAGGCGGAGCGCGACGUUGUUGGCACUCUCCCUCCUCCCGCUGGUUCGCUCGGUCUGGCUUGA